CUCGCCUCAAAUGCUCAAAUAGCAGCCAUCUCUGGACGGGAGGUGUAUCAGCAGACAUGUCCACCAUUUACGGAUUCAAAGAUUUGGAAGUCACAAACCAACACCGGAUAUAUCCAACAAUCGACCCGACCACACACUUCAAGAAGAAAACAUACAAAGACAAGGUUGUCCUCGUCACCGGCGCGUCGCGAGGUAUUGGUCGGGACGUCGCGCGCUAUUAUGCUCUCGCCGGCGCUUCGGUGGCCAUCGUCUCCCGCCAUCAAGCAGCGCUUGAGGAGGUUAAGGCCGCCAUCCUCCAAGAGGUCCCCGGCGCCAAAAUCCUAGUCUUUGCCGUUGAUGUCAAGGAUUUCGAUGCUGCUAAUGCCGCUGUCAACGCUACUGUACGGCAAUUUGGUCACUUAGACAUCCUCGUGGCCGGCGCGGCCGCUGUCACGCCAGCGGUAGGGGCACAGAAGAUCGGAGAAAAGGACCCCUUGGAAUGGUGGAACACCUUCGAGGUCAAUGUCAGGGGUACUUUCAACUUCGUACGGUCGGCCAUUCCGCAGCUCGAACAGAGCCAGGGAUAUGUCGUAGCUGUAACCGCUGGUUCUGCUCACAUGAUCUUCCCGGGUUCAAGUGACUAUUGCAUCUCGAAGCAAGCGGUCGACCGCAUCGUCCAGUUCGUCGUGGCAGAGCACCCACGAGUGAAAGCGCUUGCGUUUCAUCCCGGUCUCAUAGAAACCGAACUGUCCCGCAGGUUUGGGAUUGAAUUUAAGAGGCCGGAUACGACUGAGCUUCCAGCGGCAACUUUGUUACACUUGACAUCUGGUCAGGCUGAUUGGCUUAGCGGAAAAUAUUUUUCCGCUAACUGGGAUCUCGAAGAGGUGGAAAAGAAGUGGAAAGAUAAGAUUAUCAAGGAAGACGCGCUAGUCAGCAGGCUGAAUACGCCAAGCUGAAUACUGUCAUCGAUCUAAGCAAUCUACGUACACCAUGUCUGCCUGUAAAAAAAAUCCGCUCCGUAGGACAAGGGUGUACACUUCUGGCAGAGCCAACUAGUUGGAUCUGAAGCCAGACCUUUCGUAAGCCGUCCAGUUCUUGGUGAACACAGACAGCACGGCCGCCACUCCGCACUGCCGCUUGUGUGUAGACCAGUGUAUUGUUUGAUGAUCCUAAGACCAUGCUUAGCCUUCGAAGCUCGGGUACCAGGGCCCGAGAUGCAAACUGACCUUCGAACAGUACUGUGCUGCGCAACAACCUGAGCACCGUUUAAGUUCAGGUCCCGUCCUCGCACAGCCAGGAGCCCUGCAGAUUCUUGAUGAUAUGUCACAGAAGUCAUCAUUCGCGGUGAGGAUGUCUUGUAGCUGGAAAGGUAUGAUCUGUC